UCACUUCAUUCUGAUUCCUCCAUAUCAAAGUAAACUGCUCUAACAAACACACUCACUUGCAUUCUCCCUCUAUACGAAAUAGCCACGUCAUUUCCCCGCUUUAUCCAACCACCGUGACUCACCUCUCUCCCUAUCUUUCCUCGCAUCUUCUUCUCUUUCACCUUCCAAUUCCAAACACCACCUCUCCUUCUUAUUCUUCUUCUUCUUCUUCUUCAAACUUGUGGUUUCUACUGUUCUAGAAUGCCGGCGUGGUGGAGUAGAAAAUCCUGCAAGAACAAACAGCAGAAUCAGGGUGAGGUUGAAGAUGAGGAAGAGACACGUGGCAGGCAGAAAUUCAAUCUGAUAGGAUCGCCGAUUAGCAUUAUCAGCAGCAGGAAGAAAGGCAAGGACAAGAACAAGAACAACAAGAGCUUCGAUGAGCUUAUCGCCUCUCGCAACUCACCGAGGACAAGCAAGGAAUUCGCCAGCGUCGACGGUAACGACAAUAACAGAGACCGAGACAGAGGGCUUCCGUUGCCUCGCCCUACGGUUUCGCCCAAUCACAGCUUCAACAACGAUCAGGGCGUCGUCUUUGGAUCUACUUCGCUAUCUGGUUCCAGCGUCAGCUCCUCAACCUCUUACGAGGACCACCUUAUAUCUCCUCAAUUCAUUAACAACAGAGGACAAGGUGACAUCAAAUUCCAUGUGAGGCCAAAGAGCCCAGGUGCCGGGUCAAGGGGGCCGACAAGCCCUACAUCGCCACUUCAUCAGAGGAUUUUGAGUCUCGACUCUCCUACAGGCAAGCAAGACGAUGGAAAAAGUGAAUGUCACCCGUUGCCUCUUCCCCCUGGCUCUCCUACUAGUCCUUCCACCCUUUCCACCCCACGGGCAAAUGGAUCCUUAGAAAACAACGCCAGUAAUCUGUCGAAGUGGAAGAAAGGAAAGCUUCUAGGAAGGGGAACUUUUGGGCAUGUUUAUCUUGGAUUUAAUAGUGAGAGUGGACAAAUGUGUGCAAUAAAGGAAGUCAGGGUUGUCUCUGAUGAUCCAACAUCAAAAGAGUGCCUCAGACAACUUAAUCAGGAGAUAAACUUGCUUAAUCAGCUUUCACAUCCAAACAUUGUUCAAUACCAUGGGAGUGAACUGGGUGAAGAAACACUAUCAGUUUAUUUGGAGUAUGUUUCUGGUGGUUCUAUCCAUAAAUUGCUACAGGAAUAUGGUUCAUUUAAGGAGCCUGUCAUUCAAAAUUAUACCAGGCAGAUUGUAUCUGGGCUUGCUUAUUUGCAUGCAAGAAAUACAGUACACAGAGAUAUCAAAGGAGCUAACAUACUUGUUGAUCCUAAUGGUGAAAUCAAGCUGGCAGACUUUGGAAUGGCUAAACUUAUAAAUUCUGCUGCCUCAGUACUUUCAUUCAAAGGAAGUCCAUACUGGAUGGCACCUGAGGUUGUAAUGAAUACCAAUGGCUAUGGUCUUCCAGUUGAUAUAUGGAGCUUGGGAUGCACAAUUCUUGAAAUGGCAACGUCGAAGCCUCCAUGGAAUCAAUAUGAAGGGGUAGCUGCCAUAUUUAAAAUUGGUAACAGCAAAGAUAUGCCUGAAAUCCCUGAACAUCUUUCAGAUGAUGCCAAAAGCUUCAUUAAGCUAUGUUUAAAUAGGGACCCGUUAGCACGCCCAACAGCUCAAAUGCUACUAGACCACCCCUUCAUUCGUGACCAAUCAGCAACAAAAGCUGUAAAUGUUAGCAUAACCAGAGAUGCUUUCCCCCGCAUGUUAGAUGGAAGCCGGACUCCGCCGCCUGUUUUGGAGCAUCAAUCCAAUAGAACAAGUAUAACGUCACUUGAUGGAGAUCAUGCAACGAAGACAGCUCGAGCAGCUUCUCACGCAUUAAGGAGCCCAAGAGACAACGCAAGAACAAUCACAUCUUUGCCAGUGUCUCCCUCUUCAAGUCCAUUGAGACAAUAUGGGACAGCACAAAAGAGCGGUUUCUUUUCUCCUCCUCAUCCAACUUACACAAUGAUGGGGCAAAAUAAUUUCAAUUUGAGUGACACGUCGCCAUAUUCUGUGAGAUCAAAUGCAGCAUUCACUCUCGAUCCUUGGCAUGAAACGUCUCGAUACAAAGCCCAAACACCACUUGGUGGAUCUCCAAGAAUGAGAUUCAUUUGAAUUUUGAUUGUAAAUACGGUUAGCAUUAAAAUCUGAGAGUUUCCCCAGCAUGCAUGCCUUGUGAACUGUGCUUGGUUGGACUUCAAUCCUGACUCCGAACUCUGAAGCACCGAAAGAUGCUGCUGCCAUGCUGGUCCAUUCUUUAUAUGUGAGAACCAGACGACAAACGACUGGGGAAACCAUGCUGCUUGUAACAUUUUUCUUGAUUAUUGUAAAUGUAGUGUGCUUACAAUGUUUGUAGUGACGUUUACGAUGUAUAUUGCUAGUUCAUGGAAGAAGGAAAAGGAAAAAAAAAAGAAAAGAAAAAUGGAAAUUUUUGAAGCUC